UUUCCAAACGUGGAGGCUAAACGCGAAGAGCAAAGGAACUGUUUAAAACACGUAGUCAGCAGGAUAGAUGUCUUCGCAAUUUCACCGACUGGCUUUGGAAAAAGACUUAUUUUCCAGCUUUUUCCUCGAAUAAAGUGUGCGUUGGAAUGAAGGCAGGAUAGAAUGCCAUUUAGGCUUAUAGUACUUUGCGAAACGAAACGAAACGAAACGAAAUGGUACUUUGCGAAACGGUACUUUGCGAAAUGGUACUUUGCGAAACGGUACUUUGCGAAAUGGUACUUUGCGAAACGGUACUUUGCGAAACGGUUACAACACAAUGCUUCAUCACACCUUAUCUAGAGUACCUAGAAUUCCACUGAAAGCUGAAGAUUUGUAAAGAUAAACCUGGAGCAAAUUUCCUCGUUAAGUCUGUUUCCUAAGAGCAGCAUCUAUUACCAGACGCCAUCUUGGAUUUAGGUGACUUGAAUGUUGUGUAUAAACCAUUUUAGUGUCCUCUGUGUAACACGUGUAAAUUUUGCGGGCGCAUCUUUCACACGCAAACAUGUAAAAAGAGCGUUUCAGAGCGUUUUUCUUGUAAAUUUGUUUCUUAGUUACUAUGAGUACCAUAUAUGAAUUACAAUUAAAGCAAAUCAAACAAAAAAAUUGAUUUUGGUAAUUUGCGAAAUGAUACUUUGCGAAAUGUUUGUCUUUCUUUCGUCACGCGAGGCAUUGCGUGAGAAAUUUUCCCGCGCUCUGGGGUCAUGCAUGUGAGACCGACGUCUGCCCAUGUGCUAGCAAACAUUAUUUACAACAGUGUUCCUCAGCGCUUCUUAUUUUGAAGCCCAGCAUGGCUUUCAACAUACCUCUUCGCGACAUGUCUGCGUGUGAAAGAUGCGCCCGCAAAAUUAACACGUGUUACAAAGAUGACACUAAAAUAGUUCAUACACAACGUUCCAAGUCACCUAAAUCCAAGAUGGCGUCUGGUAAUACAUUGCUCUUUGGAAACAAAUCUUAAGCUUUCAGUAGCAUUCUAGGUACUAGAGAUAAGGUGUGAUGAAGCAUUCUAGGCUGCUAAUUUUCAGGAUUUGGUCGCCAACGCGAAAAAUUUGGGCGCAUUGGCGCUUGUGUAACCGUUUCGCAAAGUACCGUUUCGCAAAGUACCAUUUCGCAAAGUACCAUUUCGCAAAGUACCAUUUCGCAAAGUACCGUUUCGCAAAGUACCAUUUCGCAAAGUACCGUUUCGUUUCGUUUCGUUUCGUUUCGCAAAGUACUAUAAGCCUGCCAUUUACGAUUGUUUUGGUAACUCCGUUGAUUGCCAUCAUGAAAAACCAAGUGGAACAUUUGAACAAAAUCAGAGUAGCGGCGGCAAUGAUGGGAUAAGAUGUGGAUGAAGCCGUUAAAAGUAGAAGCUGUGAAAUUGUAUGAUCCUUAAAAAUUCACUCAAAGGCGUACUGCAGUCACAAAUCGUGGUUGUCUAAGGAAUGGACAAAAGGACUUCAAAAGGAAAGCUUGGAAAGCAAGUUGUAG